AGAGUUUAAGAAGAAGCUGCAAGGAAGAAUAUAAGGAAUGCUCGAAUUCUCUUUUAGAUUUUUAGUAAUUUUUUUUGUAAGGAAUUAAAAAUUCGAAAAUUCGUUUUACUAAAUUGUGUUCAUCUUGAAAAUAGAAAUGAUGAGUAUGAAUAGGAAAAGUGAGACAUAAAUGACGUGAUUGAUUGAACAAGGAAUACAUUUUAACGGGAUGCGAUAUCAGUUAAAAGAAAGUUUGACAUUAUCUAAAGAAUUUAUUUCGUAUCAAUAUAAAAAAAAUACUCUAUCGUGACAGCGGAUAAUCCAGUAUUUUUAAUGCUUUUUAUUUUAUACAUCGUACAAUUUUCUCGCAUAUGUAAGUGCUUUUAUUUUCAGAACUUAGUUUUAUUAAUAUAAUUGAAUAAUAAAAAAUAAUAAAAAAUGAGUUCGUCACUCGUAAGAGUUAAGUAUGCCAGUUAAUUCUGUUUUUUAAUUAAAUUCUUUAUUUGCGAUUUAAUACAAAAUGACUCAAUUGAUGAACGAAAUAGCUGGCACAAUUGAAUCGCCUUUAUAUCUGCGAAAUCUGUUACUCUUCUUGAUAAAAGAGAUUAUCAAAUUAUCGAAAACAAAUUUCUCGCAGAAGAUGUACUCGUAACGAUUAAUAUAAAUACUUACGAAGCACUUGAAAUACAUUGUAUAUCGAUAGAUAGUUUUCGGAGAACUGAUCGCUUGAAUGCGUUCAGGCUCGUGUGUUGUGUCUCCAUGAAGCUCUCACUUUCCCCGUUUGAUUGGAUUCUUCUCUCUCUCUCUCAACUCGAUGAUUUCCUUUCACAAAGGACUCACCCGUGACAAUGGUCACGGUAGUCCGAUCAGUAAUUAGAAGAAUUACGUAAGGAAGGCAGUCAAGCGUGUCUCCAGCCACAGAAAAGAGUAUAUUGUCUCGUGAACAAUCACUCAUCCGUCAACCUGUCUUAUUUAUGUGAUAUGAGCAUUUUUAAUGAUACUUUAUAAAUACACGUGAAGAAAUGAGGAAUGUCAUUUUCAAGAACAGGUCCAUACAACGAUGGCCAGAGUGAUCCUCAUUGCUCUGUGCGUUUGUUUGUUGCUGGUGAAGUCGGCAAUUUCGUUGAAAUGUAGAUCAGGCAUCCAGCAGGCAGACGAUCAAUUUCGGAAAAUCGUGCAAGUGUGCAAGAAGCGGUCCAGUGGCGACAAUAGUUACAGCGAUGACUCCUCGUCGAGCGAGUACGAGGACAGCAGUGAGGACUCCUCGAAUAUCGAUAUAUUCGACACGAAGUUUUUCCUGAGUGGCAGCGGUGGCAACAAGCACUCCAAUUCACAGUCUUGGAAAGACCAGAAUAACAAUCGAAAUCGCGGGAACGAUCGGAGAAGCGGCAACGACCGACGCUAUUCCUUCAACUAUACAGAGGAAAACGCACAGUAUCCCAAUCGUGGCAAUAAUAAUCGCUACUUUAACGGAGCAGCCAGAACGAGCUACGACCAGCAGCAUAACAGCAAUUCUGAAAAUUACAAAGAACGUAAACAAGCUUGCGUCAUCCAGUGUUUCUUCAACGAAUUAAACGUGGUGGACCAAAGAGGAUUUCCCGAGCAGGACUCGGUUACUCAACUCGUGACACACAACGUACACAAUCCGGAACUGGAGGACUUUUUGGAGGAAGCUAUCAUAGAAUGUUUUCACUAUCUCGGUUCAAAUGUGAGGCAGGACAACUGUUACUUUUCGCAAAAUCUUCUCACCUGUUUGACUGAUAAAGGAAAAGAAAGAUGUGAUGAUUGGAAUAAUUAGUAAUGACACAUCGUACGUAGAUGUCUUAAUAAUCGACUAGAUAAGUUCUACAAAAAAAGCAAUAAGAAGACAUAAGUAGGGAAAAUUAAUUGUUCUCGUAAAGAUAUGAUUUGAAAAGAGACUAUAUACAGCUCUAGCAAAACACCGUGGAACAUGUAAUAAAAUGUACAAUAAAUAACAUAUUAUACAUUAA